AUGGGCAGCACGAGCGGACAAGCGGGUGACCUGAGCCCAUCGCAGGAGAAGACGUUGGCCCAGUUCUGGGAGAACAUCCAAGAUGUCCUAUCUGUCCUGCCCAGCCCCAAUGACUACUUCCUCCUACACUGGCCCCAAAGUGAGGAUAGAGGGCAGAGUGAGAUGAAGGGCAAGGGCAAAAAAGAGGAGUGUCACGUGGAGUUUUGAAAGCAAUAGGACCUGGACAACACCCUUGCAUGGCAGCCCCCAGAGGUGGUCAGGCUGUAAACCACCAAUGGCAUUGAGGGCAGCCCUGUCUGGUACCACGUUAUCACAGGCCUGGCCCUCAAGGGCUUCCUUCUCUCCAUCUCCAGACAGGAGCUGCUCAGGGACAAGUUCUGGAGCUGCAAGCUGCUUCUGCGGGAGUAUGAGCAGGAGAGCCAGGAGCUGGGGAAGAAGGUGGAGAAAAUCACGGCCGUUUUUGACUUUGAGGGGCUGAGCCUGAGGCACCUGUGGAAGCCAGGAGUGGAGUUUGCCCAGGAGGUGAGCCCCCGUGGAGCCCUUCUUGCUUCCACAGGCAACUGGAAGCAGGAGCUGACAAAGUUCAUCAGCCCCGACCAGCUGCCCGUGGAGUUUGGGGGGACCAUGACUGACCCCGAUGGCAACCCCAAGUGCCCAAGCAAGAUCAACCACGGGGGCGAGGUGCCCAAGAGCUACCACCUGCACAACCAGGUGAGGCCGCAGUACGAGCACACGGCCACCGUGGCCCACGACUCCUUCCUGCGGGUGGAGACCGAGGUCUGUCCCCUGAGGUGGCAGUUCGCAUCAGGUGGGGCUGACAUCGGCUCCGGGGUUUUUCUGAAGACCAAGAGGGGAGAGCGGCAGCGGGCAGGGGAGAUGACCGAGGUGCUGCCCACCCGGCGCUACAACGCCCACCAGGUGCCCCAGGACGGGAGCCUCACCUGCCUCAAGGCCGGCUUCUAUGUUCUGAUGUUCAACAACACCUAUAGCCUGGUUCAUUCCAAACACAUCAGCUACACUACGGAGGUGCUGCUCCCAGACCAAAACUUCGUGGAGAAGGUGGAGAAAUCUGAGUUUUGA